UGUUUUACUGCCACAAGCAAAAAUGGCGACGUCCCUAGGAGCUAACACAUACAACAGACAGAAUUGGGAAGACGCGGUACGUAUUAAAUCGUCCAAAUAAUGUGUUAUAACCUGGAAAAGAAGGGUAUAUAAAACUAUAAACUAACGGCGUAAUGCCCUUCAAUAUAUGGAUCAUGAUUUACUAGGAAAGGCUAACGUCAGCUAGCGAACGAACGUUAGUAGCGCAAGCGUGGCUGUGUCGCAAGUUAGCUAGUUAACUUGCCAACUAGAAGCGGUUUAGCCGCACAGGUGAAAGAGGUAAUUUAUUGUCUUUGGCUUAGCUGUUUAAAAUUAUUCUAAACUGGCAGUAGCGGUGCGUGGGUAAAAUAACUGGGGAAGCAACCCCCCCCCCCCCCCAAUAUUACAAGCAAUGCAUUCUCUGUGUGUGGCGCGUUCGUGCAAGUACAACACAUGUUGACUCACCCUAUUUGUAGAGAAACGCCAAUGCCGCCAUCCUCUUUCAUGUUGACGAAACGGUAUAUCACUGUCAUACAGUACACACUUUUUUUAUUUAAAUAUUUUGUUGUCCUAGGCUACCUGGCUAAAAUGCUUACUCGCUAGCCUAACUUCCGUUCAUGGACAACGUUAGCUAGUUAACAUUAGCCUUCUACAUCUAGCUACAUGUUCAACGUCCAUCCUCUCAGGCCAGGGGCACAACAAUGUAUGAAUUAAUGGUUGGAUCAGAAUAGCCAUUAUAAUCAUUGGCAAGUACGGAUAAUUAAGUAAAACCAGUCCAAAUCCCUAUCUCCAUCCAUGGCAAAUUUAGUCAAGGGCCAAUUUUAGCUAGUUGGCUAGCUAGCCACCUGAGGACAACAUCACAACGAGAUGCAACAAUUCCACGUUUUUCUGUCAAUGGCAAAUGCUCUCAAUGGGAUUUGAUAGGAGUGACGCCAAAUCCAAGCAGGCUUCCCUUGACACUUUUUUUUUGGUGCGCCAGGACCAUUCACAUUUGAACUCGCUCAGGUUAGCUCAACGCUGAUUGGCUAAUUCUUUAUUAUUUUUUAUUUUUUCUGUGAAAGGAGGCCACUGGCUUCCCUUGCCAAGCCUUCAAUGCUACAGGUGGCAAACUCGUUUGGACCAGACAGCAUCAGAUAGAUGGCCUACACAGCAUCAGAUAGAUGGCCUACACAUAGAGAGAGAGAGGGCCGCUGUUUUGCUUGCACGGAUGCUUUCUCCUGUGAGAUACAUUCAGCCUCUUGCGAAUUGAAGGAAAUUAUGAAACACAGAGAUACACAAGAUACACCUUCUUUUUUUUUUGGUGGGGUAGCCUGGCUUCCCUUGGCAUCCAUGAAUAGAAGCCACUGUAAACUGGGUGUUUCGAGGCCUGAAUGCUGGUUGUCUGAAAGUCAUGGUAUAGUUUUAUAAUAGCAAUAAGGCACCUCGGUGGGGUUGUGGUAUGUAAGUGAUAAUGCCUGUGAAGCCAGUGUUUGGAGGAUACAGUGUAUUCGGAAAGUAUUCAGACCCCUUGAUUUUUUCCCACAUUUUUAUGUUACAGCCUUAUUCUAAAAUGGAUUAAAUUGUUUUUUCCCCCUCAUCAAUCUACACACAAUACCCCAUAAUGACAAAGCGAAAAACAUGUUUUUAGAUUUUUUUUACAAAUGUGUGUGUAUACAGUGGGGGAAAAGGUAUUUAGUCAGCCACCAAUUGUGCAAGUUCUCCCACUUAAAAAGAUGAGAGACCUGUAAUUUUCAUCAUAGGUACAGGUCAACUAUGACAGACAAAACGAGAAAAAAAAAUCCAGAAAAUCACAUUGUAGGAUUUUUAAUGAAUUUAUUUGCAAAUUAUGGUGGAAAAUAAGUAUUUGGUCAAUAACAAAAUUUUCUCAAUACUUUGUUAUAUACCCUUUGUUGGCAAUGACACAGGUCAAACGUUUUCUGUAUGUCUUCACUAGGUUUUCACUCACUGUUGCUGGUAUUUUGGCCCAUUCCUCCAUGCAGAUCUCCUCUAGAGCAGUGAUGUUUUGGGGCUGUCGCUGGGCAACACAGACUUUCAACUCCCUCCAAAGAUUUUCUAUGGGGUUGAGAUCUGGAGACUGGCUAGGCCACUCCAGGACCUUGAAAUGCUUCUUACGAAGCCACUCCUUCGUUGCCCGGGCGGUGUGUUUGGGAUCAUUGUCAUGCUGAAAGACCCAGCCAUGUUUAAUCUUCAAUGCCCUUGCUGAUGGAAGGAGGUUUUCACUCAAAAUCUCACGAUACAUGGCCCCAUUCAUUCUUUCCUUUACAUGGAUCAGUCGUCCUGUUCCCUUUGCAGAAAAACAGCCCCAAAGCAUGAUGUUUCCACCCCCAUGCUUCACAGUAGGUAUGGUGUUCUUUGGAUGCAACUCAGCAUUCUUUGUCCUCCAAACACAACGAGUUGAGUUUUUACCAAAAAGUUCUAUUUUGGUUUCAUCUGACCAUAUGACAUUCUCCCAAUCCUCUUCUGGAUCAUCCAAAUGCACUCUAGCAAACUUCAGACGGGCCUGGACAUGUACUGGCUUAAGCAGGGGGACACGUCUGGCACUGCAGGAUUUGAGUCCCUGGCGGCGUAGUGUGUUACUGAUGGUAGGCUUUGUUACUUUGGUCAAGCUCUCUGCAGGUCAUUCGCUAGGUCCCCCCCGUGUGGUUCUGGGAUUUUUGCUCACCGUUCUUGUGAUCAUUUUGACCCCACGGGGUGAGAUCUUGCGUGGAGCCCCAGAUCGAGGGAGAUUAUCAGUGGUCUUGUAUGUCUUCCAUUUCCUAAUAAUUGCUCCCACAGUUGAUUUCUUCAAACCAAGCUGCUUACCUAUUGCAGAUUCAGUCUUCCCAGCCUGGUGCAGGUCUACAAUUUUGCUUCUGGUGUCCUUUGACAGCUCUUUGGUCUUGGCCAUAGUGUAGUUUGGAGUGUGACUGUUUGAGGUUGUGGACAGGUGUCUUUUAUACUGAUAACAAGUUCAAAGGGGUGCCAUUAAUACAGGUAACGAGUGGAGGACAGAGGAGCCUCUUAAAGAAGAAGUUACAGAUCUGUGAGAGCCAGAAAUCUUGCUUGUUUGUAGGUGACCAAAUACUUAUUUUUCACCAUAAUUUGCAAAUUCAUUAAUAAUCCUACAAUGUGAUUUUCUGGAUUUUUUUCUUCUCAAUUUGUCUGUCAUAGUUGACGUGUACCUAUGAUGAAAAUUAUAGGCCUCAUCUUUUUACGUGAGAGAACUUGCACAAUUGGUGGCUGACUAAAUACUUUCCCCCCCCAAGCAGACAUCACAUUUACAUAUUUGGCUCCAAUUCAAAUAUAUCUAUAUUAUACAGUAUAAUAAUUCGUUAUAGUAAUGAAUAUUUAAUGCAAACAAUACCAGCAGGUGCUGUUAAAAAGAAGAAGAAAAAAAAAAAUAUAUAUAUAUACACAGUACUGUUCAAAAGUUUGGGGUCACUUAGAAAUGUCCUUGUUUUUAAAAGAAAAUCACUUUUUUUUGUCCAGUAAAAUAACAUCAAAUUGAUCAGAAAUACAGUGUAGACAUUGUUAAUGUUCUAAAUGGCUAUUGUAGCUGGAAACGGCUGAUUUUUUAUGGAAUAUCUACGUAGGUGUACAGAGGCCCAUUGUCAGCAACCAUCUGUCCUGUGUUCCAAUGGCACGUUGUGUUUGCUAAUCCAAGUUGAUCAUUUUAAAAGGCUAAUUGAUCAUUAGAAAACCCUUUUGCAAGUUUAGCUUGUUUGUCCCAUUGGGCACAUCAGCUUAGAGACACUGGAGAUAAGUUAUGGCAACUCAUAUGUACACACGUCUUGGACAGUCAGAGGAAACGGGUCCCUCAAGAAUAACCAUCACAUAGUCAGAAUAGCACAGGCUCAUGUGAACUGGCAGUGUAUGAAUUGUACGGAUGUUGACCCCUGUCUUUUAUGGGUUCAGUUACAACCGGUUACGCGACAGCAACCUGACAGCACUUCUCAUCACCCAGCCAUGGGAAGUACUGUCAGGUUGCACAGAUGGUAUUCUGGGUUGACUUUGGAGGACAAUCCUCUCUUUUCCCAACUUCUCUUUAUGUGCCUCCAGUUCCCAGAUAGGCCUAAUAGGUCAUGCCCGCAUACAUCAGACUUAACUUUGUAUGAUAACUCUUGUCAUGGUAAAGCCUCCAGAAAUGUUAGCCAAUUGCUUUAGUGUUUUGAUUCUAACCCAAAACACACUUGUACACAAACACUCACCUCACUCACUCUUGGGUGUGAACCCUGCAACCCAAAACUUCAGGAGCUGCUUAUACAGUGAGGGGAAAAAAGUAUUUGAUCCCCUGAUGAUUUUGUAAGUUUGCCCAAAGAAAUGAUCAGUCUAAUUUUAAUGGUAGGUUUAUUUGAACAGUGAGAGACAGAAUAACAACAACAAAAUCCAGAAAAACGAAUGUCAAAAAUGUUAUAAAUUGAUUUGCAUUUUAAUGAGGGAAAUAAGUAUUUGACCCCCUCUCAAUCAGAAAGAUUUCUGGCUCCCAGGUGUCUUUUAUACAGGUAACGAGCUGAGAUUAGGAGCACACUCUUAAAGGGAGUGCUCCUAAUCUCAUCUUGUUACCUGUAUAAAAGUCACCUGUCCACAGAAGCAAUCAAUCAAUCAGAUUCCAAACUUUCCACCAUGGCCAAGACCAAAGAGCUCUCCAAGGAUGUCAGGGACAAGAUUGUAGGCGUACACAAGGCUGGAAUGGGCUACAAGACCAUCACCAAGCAACUUGGUGAGAAGGUGACAACAGUUGGUGCGAUUAUUCGCAAAUGGAAGAAACACAAAAUAACUGUCAAUCUCCCUCACCCUGGGGCUCCAUGCAAGAUCUCACCUCGUGGAGUUGCAAUGAUCAUGAGAACGGUGAGGAAUCAGCCCAGAACUACACGGGAGGAUCUUGUCAAUGAUCUCAAGGCAGCUGGGACCAUAGUCACCAAGAAAACAAUUGGUAACACACUACGCUUUGAAGGACUGAAAUCCUGCAGCGCCCACAAGGUCCCCCUGCUCAAGAAAGCACAUAUACAGGCCCGUCUGAAGUUUGCCAAUGAACAUCUAUAUGAUUCAGAGGAGAACUGGGUGAAAGUGUUGUGGUCAGAUGAGACCAACAUCGAGCUCUUUGGCAUCAACUCAACUCGCCAUGUUUGGAGGAGGAAGAAUGCUGCCUAUGACCCCAAGAACACCAUCCCCACCAUCAAACAUGGAGGUGGAAACAUUAUGCUUUGGGGGUGUUUUUCUGCUAAGGGGACAGGACAAAUUCACUGCAUCAAAGGGACGAUGGACGGGCCAUGUACCGUCAAAUCUUGGGUGAGAACCUCCUUCCCUCAGCCAGGGCAUUGAAAAUGGGUCGUGGAUGGGUAUUCCAGCAUGACAAUGACCCAAAACACAUUGCCAAGGCAAUAAAGGAGUGGCUCAAGAAGAAGUAUAUUAAGGUCCUGGAGUGGCCUAGCCAGUCUCCAGACCUUAAUCCCAUAGAAAAUCUGUGGAGGGAGCUGAAGGUUCGAGUUGCCAAACGUCAGCCUCGAAACCUUAAUGACUUGGAGAAGAUCUGCAAAGAGGAGUGGGACAAAAUCCCUCCUGAGAUGUGUGCAAACCUGGUGGCCAACUACAAGAAACAUCUGACCUCUGUGAUUGCCAACAAGGGUUUUGCCACCAAGUACUAAAUCAUGUUUUGCAGAGGGGUCAAAUACUUAUUUCCCUCAUUAAAAUGCAAAUCAAUUUAUAACAUUUUUGACAUGUGUUUUUCUGGAUUUCUUUGUUGUUAUUCUGUCUCUCACUGUUCAAAUAAACCUACCAUUAAAAUUAUAGACUGAUCAUGUCUUUGUCAGUGGGCAAACGUACAAAAUCAGCAGGGGAUCAAAUACUUUUUUCCCUCACUGUAUUUAGACUUUCUAAUGAGGUGGUUGAUAUUGAAGACCUAAAAGGUUAGAAGUUGGACUGAAAACACAUCUUCCAACAGAUGGUGAAGUAGGUGCUAGUGAGUCCAGCAAUCGUAGCAUUCACACGCAGCAUAGGGCCAGAGUACACACUGUUUGGUCAAGCAAGAAAGGUGUGAGAAUGUGUAGCUUGUGACCAGAGAAACCACGCGGCGCUGUUAUGAUGAUAAACCAGUAUUGCUGUGUGUUGGAUGCAUUUAUGUUUUGUUGAACCUUUUUGUAUUUUCCUCCAGGAUUUUCCAAUUCUGUGUCAGACAUGUUUGGGGGAAAAUCCAUACAUCCGCAUGGUGAGUUGUUUAUCUUUGCAGUUUAUGUUUACACUUGUUAUUUGAAAUUCUAACUUUUGCUGCAGAAUUCUCAAUUUUAUACUCAUGUUUCAUUAACAGAGCAAAGAGAAGUAUGGGAAAGAAUGCAAGGUAAUAUAAUUCGUUAUUCCAGUUCAGUCCUCUUAUGCAAUAUGGAAGCACAUUAUUCAGUGAAUAAAAUGUUCUGCAUGUCUAGAAAUAUUGCAUUGGGCCCUGCCACUAUGUUCAAUGGCCAUGUUUAACCCCCUAGAGUCUAUUUCCACAGCCCCAAGGAAAUCUACUUAGCAUAAUAAUAAAAAAUCCACAUCAGAAUCCGUCAGUUUAAGAUAGAGAGAUGUUUUUUUUUGCAUUGGAUGCGUUUCAAUCAACCGCAUCCGCCGAUGUCGCACUGCCACAUCUGCGGUGAAAGAUGGCAGAGCUAGAGCAGUGGUUGUCAGACCAUGAGACAGAAUUAUUAUGUAGAAGAACUGAAACUCAGUUCUGGUGACUUUUUAAAAGGACAUGCUGGGAUCCCUGUCUUUUUAACAAAGGUCAUUAAAACUGUGCAUUGACUUCGUGUAUGAAUGCAUGUUUCCCUCCCUAUGGCAAUCGUAACUUACUUGCAUCUCGAGAGGAAUAUGUAUCUCGCAUUGAACAUACAACAACAAGCAGACUAGGUAAUAAGAAACUAUUCUACUAUGGAGUUGUCCGAUUUUUCUAUUCAUUACUUAUUUUAUUUUCAGAGAAAGUACAUGUGGACUGUUCUAGCAUCUUCAAAGUGCACCGUGGCAGAAAUAUUUUGUCAUGUUCCAUAUUUUUUGGGCGUGUCCGCAAUGAUUUUGCCGUGGCGCAGCGCCACAGCUAAAUGACUGCAGCAGAAACACUGAACUCUGUGCUCGCCACUUCUCCUCCUCUCAGAUCUGUGCACGUCCCUUCACUGUGUUCCGCUGGUGUCCAGGAACGAGGAUGCGCUUCAAGAAGACAGAGGUGUGUCAGACCUGCAGCAAGAUGAAGAACGUCUGUCAGACCUGUCUGCUUGACCUGGAGUACGGUAUGUCAUACAAUUCAUAGAUGCCUUACCUGUACCACCUUACUCAGUGUUUUCCACAAGUACAUAGAAUAGAGUAGCCAGCCCAAUAGAAAAGGUAGCCAGCCAAGCUCUAUUUUGGUGGCCUCUGGUACAUUCUAAUGCCUUAAUUCCAUCUGAAAUACACUGUGAAAUUAUUGAGUACUUUAUCAAGUUUACCUCCCAGAUUGGAAAAAUGUAUUGUGCAGAAAGACAUGACUUUACAAUUUGUAGUUAAUGUUUAGUUGAGAAGGUUUUUGGGAAAGGCUUUCCAUCUACCAGAAGACUGUUUUCAUUAGCAUCAUCGCUAACGGCUACACAAAGUGGUAGACGCGCACACCACACAGACGGGGGCAUUCUCGUUGCCUCUUCAGAAAGUUGCAGGAAAUACCAAUCACUGAUGCAUUCUGUUCAUGUCUUAUGAUAAACUUGGGCAUAUUAAUUAAUUUUCAAUACAUUUAGUUGAUUCCCUACCAAGGUCAAUACAUUUUUGAAUAUUGUUGAUUUCCGUUUUAAUGCCUGGAUUCCGUGAGUGCCUUAAUUAUCAUAUUUGGACCAGAAUGAAGUUCUCCACUACCUGUUGUUCCUGCAGUGAUGAUUCACCAUCUUCAUCGAAUGUUUCAUAAUUUAUCUGCAGAUAAUCACCAAAAAGGCAUACCAGUAGCCUAUGCAAAUUAAAGAGCCAAAUGAAUGGCUCUCUCACCGAUGCGAUUCAGUAGUUUACACUGACUGACGAGACGAGUCACUCAUUUUAGAGUCAGUGCCUAGCAAGCCCUGACAUCCUAGGAAGGGAAACCUAGACGCGUAGACAAGAUGGUGUAUUGAAUAGAAAGCGGUACAAAACACCUCAAGAUAAAAACAUAAUAUUCAAAGUUAGACUAAAUAUUAGCAUUUCAUAUAUUCGCAGUUAAUAUAAUUCAAUCUGGAUAAUAACACAAAACAGAUCAUAAGUCUAGAGAAAUAUAUCGACAAAUACAACAACACGCAACACCCAAACAUGACUGAAGACAAGCGUGGAGAGCCGAUCCCCAAAAGGAAACGCGACUCAUCGACUGAUACAGAUGAUAUAUGCUUUUCACCACUGGGUAUGGUAAGUGUGGAAAGCGACCUGUUGAAGUCGAUAAAUGACAAAUUGGGCAUACUAGAAUUGGUCAGUAAAGACGUAAAAGAGUUGAAAGCGAGUCUUCAAAUGAGUGACGAAAGAGCUUUGGUAAUGGAGAAAGAAACCAAAUAAUUAAAAGUGACAGUCUCUAAAAUGGAAACGGACGUUAGGGAACUAAAAAAGGAGAACAACCUUCUGAGAGAAGCCUUACUAGACAUCCAAACUAGAUCGAUGAGGGAAAAUCUAGUACUUACGGGUAUUCAGGAAAAGGAGGGAGAAAUAACAGAGAAUAUUAUGAAGGACUUCCUGCAUACAGCGCUACAAAUCCCACUCGAGGCUGUCGAUAAAAUCCAACUCGAACGUGUACACCGUUUCGGAAAAAGAGGACAGAAAUAUGAGCGCCCAAUCGUUGCCAAAUUUGCUUUUCUUAAGGAUAAAGCUAUGGUGAAAAGCCUAGGAAAAAGACUUGCUGGCACGAAAAUAGGCAUGAAUGAUCAGUUCCCGAGGGAGAUUGUAGAAAGGCGCAAAGUUCUGUAUCCAAUCUUCAAGGAAAACAGAUUAAAAGGGAAACGUGUUGCACUCAUGGUGGAUAAACUAUAUAUUGACAACCAAAUGUUCAGAGACACAAAGACUACUCCAUGGCUAUUCUAAAAGUUGUAAUAGAGGAGUCGAAUAUUGGAGCACCUGAUACUAGCAAUGAUAGGGAUUGUAAUAUUAAAUAACAUUUAUAGUAAGUAUAUUUUUUUAUAAAAGGAUAAAACGACAUAACAAGCAGAAUAAUACAUCUUUAAAUACAAAUAAUUAGAACAUGGCUUUUUUGGCGGGAGGUUGUUGUUUUGGCGGAUGGUUGUUGUGGUUGGUUCUGUGUGCUCUCUGGCGUCCUUUCCCCCUUGCGGCAGAUGUGGAUGCGGGUGCGUUUGCACGCUCGGCCCAUUUCUUCCGCAGUCAACCAUGUGGUGUGCAUUUUUGUGUUUGAAAAGGUGCGGCGUUAAGUGAGUGAGAGGGGAAAUGGUUGCAUAUCCCAGAGCCGACCGGGGGUCUAUGAGCAGGGGUAGUGAGAGAGAGCUUUCAAUUUUGUGUAGAUGAGGGAUAUACAUUUUUAAAUAUAGUAUACAUCUAAUCUAAUUUUUCAUUGUCCUAUCAUGAUGGAAAGAUCCCUAACCCUAUAACCUGGGGUUCCGGUGGGGUACGCCCACCCAGACAGUGGCAGUGCUGGCAACACUGGCUGCAGUAACCCAUGGGGAGGGGGUCACACUCUGACAAUCAGAGAGGGGGUUUAUCAUUGUGGCCCAGAAUAAUCAAAGGUCUGACCGCACGGAGAUGCUUGGGAAAAUGGUUACAACAGGGGAUCAGAGUGUUUGUGUCUCAGGUGAAGAGGGUGGAUCUGAUCUCCAUCACCUAGGACUUGACAUAGAUUAAGUAGAUUAAUCAAAUCUCACAUUAUCAAUUUCUGCUCAAUCUGCAUGCUUUCUCAAUCAGCUUUAACUGUAUGUGCACUCGUAAAUCAAGUUAUUUCUCGAGUUGGGCUCUGGGAUAUAACAGCCGUUGAGUAUCUGAUUUUAUGGUGGAUUGUGGAGGAGGGGGGUUGAGUGUGUUGGAGUAUGUGAGUAUGUGCGUGUGUGCUUGUCUGGCAUCUGUUGUGGGGGGGUGGGGAUGUUGUGGGGGAGGGCGGGGUAUGGGAUGGACCACGGGAAUUAUUUGCUAGGAUAAUAAUUGCUUGUCAAUUAAUUAAAUGUAAAACAAUGGCAAUCUGGGUUAUAUGUUAGAAUCCUACGCGUGAACUGCCGACAUUAUUACGCAUAUUAAUUGAUAAUGAUGGAAAAUAGGAUAUGCAUAAUUUUGUAUAUAUAUAGAGAGAGGUGAAAGCAUUGGAAAUGCUUUUGGCGGUUAAUCUGCUUCUGUUUUGUGGGUGGCACUGUGUGCUGUUUUCGAAUGGAUGGGUCCUGGCCUCUCGGGGCCUUAGGGAUCCGGAGGGAUGUGGGUGGGAUGCUGAUCACUGGGAUGACGGCUCAACUUGGGAUGGGGAGGGGCUUUAGCGGGGGAAUUAGUGGAGAACAAUUGAAGGGUUACUCCGUAGCAAUGCAAAUAUCACGGUACAGCUAUAUGGACACUCAAUCAUUACGGUAUUUUGUUAUUGGUAAAUUUACAAACAUAUAUAAUGAUAAAUAGAUUUAACUUGUAUCUCAUUAUGGUGUAUGGUGAAAUAAGUAUAGCCAGUUAUAAUUGUAAUGGCUUAGCUGAUAAUAACAAAAGAAGAACAAUAUUUACAUGGCUCAAAUAGAAGGAAUAUAAUAUCUAUUGUAUACAGGAAACUCAUUCAACAAUUCGAGAUGAAGUAGCGUGAAAAAAAGAAUGGGGGGGGGGGAAUAUACUUCUCCCAUGGGCAAAGAAAUUCAAAAGGGGUGAUGAUAUUAAUUAAUAGUAAUUUCGAUCCGAAUGUGCAAAUUGUCAAAAUAGAUACGCAAGGUACAUGGAUUAUUUUAAAUAUGUUAUUGGACCAUAAACAGAUAUGGCUCAUUAACCUUUACGGACCAAAUAAUGAUGAUCCACAAUUCUUUGACAAUAUAUAUAUAUAUAUAUAUAUAUAAUACAUUAUCAAGCCUGCAAGCAAUUCAAGACAAUAUUGUUAUGGUGGGGGAUUAUAAUACUGUUUUAAAUAGCUCAAUGGACCGUAAAGGAAAUCACACCACAAACAAUCACCCACAUGCUCUUAAGGAAAUUGUGAAUGUCAUGGAUACAUUAGAAUUAGUAGAUAUAUGGAGGCUUAAAUAUACUGAUCUAGUUAGAUAUAAAUGGUGGAGACUGAAUCAAGCUAGUCGUCUUGACUUCUUUCUUAUCUCAUUCUCGUUGGCACCAAAAGUAAAAAAGUGUUGAUAGGGGACAGAAUGCGGUCGGACCAUCAUAUAAUAGGCAUAUACAUUACUCUUACUGAAUUUCCACAUGGGCGAGGAUAUUGGAAAUUUAAUCAAAGCCUAUUGGAUGAUAAUUUAUUUAUAAUUAGAACAAAGGAAUUUAUAACUGACUUUUUCCAACAUAACAUAGGUACAGCGAAUCCCCUUAUUGUAUGGGACACCUUUAAAUGUGCCUUUAGAGGCCAUGCAAUUCAGUACUCAUCUCGAAAACAAAAUCAAUUUAGGUCAAAAGAGUUUAUACUAAGAAAGGAAAUAGAAAGUCUAACAGAACAGAUAGAUGGCAAUAAAAACUGUAACAUAGAGGCUCAGAAUAAAUUAGAGGAAAAACAAAAAGAAAUGGAGAAAGUUAUUCAAGAAAGAUCAAGUGUAAUAUAUUAUUAAAAUAAAGCAAACUGGAUGGAAUAUGGGGGAAAAUGCACAAAAUUCUUUUUUAAUCUUCAACAUAGGAAUGCUACCAAAAAGAACUUAAUGAAACUGGUUACAAUUGACGGAGUCACCCAUAAUUCACCAAAUGAUAUUUUGAAGGAAGAAACAAAGUACUUUAAGCAUAUGUUUUCUUUUCAGUCGCCUCCAUCUCCUCUAACUGAAGCUAAUUGUAGAGAUUUUUUUUCUAUUGAUAAUGUCAAAUUAACAGCCAUACAGAAAGACUCAUGUGAAGGUGGAAUUACAGAGGAGGAACUUCUGGAUGCAAUUAAAGACUUUAAGUCCGGGAAAACUCCAGGGUUGGAUGGCAUACCAGUCGAGGUAUACCAAACCUUUUUUGAUAUACUAAGAGGACCGUUAUUAGCAUGUUUUAACAACUCCUAUGUAAAUGGUAGAUUAUCUGACACUCAAGAAGGUCUGAUCUCAUUAUUACUGAAACAGGAUACAAGUGGAAAAUAUAAAGAUCCAGUCCAUUAAAACAAUUGGAGGCCCCUUACACUUCAGUGUUGUGAUGCAAAAUGUAUAGCGCAUAAAAUUAAAAAGGUAUUGUCGGAUAUUAUUCAUUCUAAUCAGACAGGUUUUUUAUAUGGAAGAUACAUUGGAGAUAAUAUAUGGCAAGUAUUGGAAACAAUAGAACAUUAUGGAAAAUCGGAGAAACCAGGCCUGCUAUUCAUAGCAGACUUCGAAAAGGCAUUUGAUGAAGUACGACUGGGGUUUAUAUACACUGCUCAAAAAAAUAAAGGGAACACUUAAACAACACAAUGUAACUCCAAGUCAAUCUCACUUCUGUGAAAUCAAACUGUCCACUUAGGAAGCAACACUGAUUGACAAUACAUUUCACAUGCUGUUGUGCAAAUGGAGUAGACAACAGGUGGAAAUUAUAGGCAAUUAGCAAGAAAUGUGAGUUAUAGCUCUGGCAUUAUCAUUGAAAGCAAGUCUAAGACACAGUAGAUAUGUUCUAUGUGCACUAUUUCUAUGUUUCCUGUUUUAAGUUUAGUUUACUUUCGGUUUUGUACACCAACUUCAAACAGCUGAAAAUACAAUAUUUUUGAUUUAAGGGAAAUAUUUCACAGCGUUUUAGAUGGUACAAUGGUUCUCUACAAUUUUCCUUUUUGUUUUGUCACAUAAACUGAAAUUAGGCAAGCAGGAAAUGGUGGAGCAAUUUAUGCAUAGUGCAUCUUUAAAUUUGUCCAACAUUAGCUUGCUAGCUGAGCCAGCCAGUCAUACUUCAUAUGAAAUGAAAGGGAUGCAGGUAACCAGCUACCCAGUGCUGCACACACAAUGUUGACAAAGAUACUGAUAACUAGCUAAUUUAAUUAUUCCACCAAUGCUAGCAAAGUUAGUAGCUAGCUAACAUUAUGAGUUUUGAAGAAGCAGCUGACCCAAAAUAGCGAUCACGGAGAAACAUACUGAUUUCUGAUAACAGUCCCUCUUAUUUGGGGCAGCAUGUCUACGACGUCAGGGUAAUUGAAACAAACUAAGCAAUAUGUUUGUCUGAAGAGGUAGAGCUAGCUAGCUAUGUAGGUUUGGUAUUUAGAUAACGUUGGCUACAACAAGUUGUCUAAACAGCUGAUCAGGUCAUGGUGACUGACGUGGUCGCACAUCAUUUUUGCAGGAGGUAGCCACCGCAUUUUUAUUUCCUCGUAGUUGCACAUUUAUUAAAUCAAUGUCACAGCGUAAUGUAAUGAAACAGGCAGGGGGAGUGAGCUUGCCCGAUACAGUAUGUAUGAUACAGGAUGUAAUAAUUUUAGCUAGCUAUUCUUCCUGUUUAUGCUCUGGUCUGAGUUGUUGCCUAGUUACGCUUCCGCAUUUGUCAGCUACAGCAGGGUUGCCCAAACUCGGUCCUGGGCAUUCCCCCCCAGAGUGCACAUGUUGGUUUUUGCUCUAGCACUAAACAGCUGAUUAAAAUAAUCAAAGCUUGAUGAUGAGUUGGUUAUUUGAAUCAGCUGUGUAGUGCUAGGUCAAAAACCAAAACGUGCACCCAGCAGGGGCCCCAGGACCGGAUUUUGGAAACCCUGAGCCACAGCAACAUUCUGUAACAAUGUUCAAACCUACAUCGGUUCUUUUUGAAAUGGAAAACGAAAGCGUGCCGAAUCAGAACAGAACUGAACCCAUAAGUGAACCAGUAUUGUUGAGUACCCAGGUGGAAAACCCCUAUUAAAGUCCCCAUUCAGUACCUAAGCCAAGACGUUUACACUUCUGUGAUCGACAGGUUUGCCAAUCCAGGUCAGAGACACUGGGCUGGACAUCAAGGAUGACGUCCCGAAGUCAGACGUGAACAAGGAGUACUACACACAGAACGCGGAGAGAGAGGUAUGUGUGGAGAGGAGGAGGCUGCAUCCCUACUAUUUCUGUGUUCACAAAUUCAACUUCCAGUGUUUUCCCCCUGUUAACCCCCCCAUCUACCCGACUCCCUGUGUCCUCAGAUAGGGAACUCUGACGGGACACGGCCAGUGGGUCUGCUGGGUAAGGCCCCCAGCUCCAGUGAGAUGCUGCUGAAGCUGGCCCGCACCACGCCCUACUACAAGAGGAACCGACCCCACAUCUGCUCCUUCUGGGUGAAGGGAGAGUGCAAGAGAGGAGAGGAGUGUCCUUAUAGGUGAGAACGCAAUCUAAAAGAUAGCUCUUUAUCUCUUUUAUAAGGGCUACAGUUGGGCCGCGUUUGUACAGUCCAAUGACUAUAUACGGUCGUGGUCAAACGUUUUGAGAAUGACACAAGUAUUGGUCUUCACAAAGUUUGCUGUUUCAGUGUUAUGAGAUAUUUUGUCAGAUGUUACUAUGGUAUACUGAAGUAUAAUUACCAGCAUUCCAUAAGUGUCAAAGGCUUUUAUUGACAAUUACAUUAAGUUUAUGCAAAGAGUCAAUAUUUGCAGUGUUGACCCUUCUUUUUCAAUACCUCUGCAAUCUGCCCUGGCAUGCUGUCAAUUAACUUCUGGGCCACAUCCUGACUGAUGGCAGCCCAUUCUUGCAUAAUCAAUGCUUGGAGUUUGUCAGAAUUUGUGGGGUUUUGUUUGUCCACCCGCCUCUUGAGGAUCGACCACAAGUUCUCAAUGGGAUUAAGGUCUGGGGAGUUUCCUGGCCAUGGACCCAAAAUGUCGAUGUUUUGUUCCCCGAGCCACUUAGUUAUCACUUUUGCCUUAUUGCAAGGUGCUCCAUCAUGCUGGAAAAGGCAUUGGUCGUCAAACUGUUCGUAGAUGGUUGGGAGAAGUUGCUCUCGGAGGAAGUGUUGGUACCAUUCUUUAUUCAUGGCUGUGUUCUUAGGCAAAAUUGUGAGUGAGCCCACUCCCUUGGCUGAGAAGCAAACCCACACAUGAAUGGUCUCAGGAUGCUUUACUGUUGGCAUGACACAGGACUGAUGGUAGCGCUCACCUUGUCUUCUCCGGACAAGGUGUUUUCCGGAUGCCCCAAAACAAUCGGAAAGGGGAUUAAUCAGAGAAAAUGUCUUUACCCCAGUCCUCAGCAGUCCAAUCCCUGUACCUUUUGCAGAAUAUCAGUCUGUCCCUGAUGUUUUUCCUGGAGAGAAGUGGCUUCUUUGCUGCCCUUCUUGACACCAGGCCAUCCUCCAAAAGUCUUUGCCUCACUGUGCGUGCAGAUGCACUCACACCUGCCUGCUGCCAUUCCUGAGCAAGCUCUGCACUGGUGGUGCCCCGAUCCCGCAGCUGAAUCAACUUUAGGAGACGGUCCUGGCGCUUGCUGGACUUUCUUGGGCGCCCUGACGCUUUCUUCACAACAAUUGAACCUCUCUCCUUGAAGUUCUUGAUGAUCCGAUAAAUGGUUGAUUUAGGUGCAAUCUUACUAGCAGCAAUAUCCUUGCCUGUGAAGCACUUUUUGUGCAAAGCAAUGAUGACUGCACGUGUUUCCUUGCAGGUAACCAUGGUUAACAGAGGAAGAACAAUGAUUUCAAGCACCACCCUCCUUUUAAAGCUUCUAGUCUGUUAUUCUAACUCAAUCAGCAUGACAGAGUGAUCUCCAGCCUUGUCCUCGUCAACACUCCCACCUGUGUUAACGAGAGAAUCACGGACAUGAUGUCAGCAGUCCUUUUGUGACAGGGCUGAAAUGCAGUGGAAAUGUUUUUUGGGGAUUAAAUUCAUUUUCAUGGCAAAGAGGGACUUUGCAAUUAAUCUGAUCACUCUUCAUGACAUUCUGGAGUAUAUGCAAAUUGCCGUCAUCUAAACUGAGGCAGCAGACUUUGUGAAAAAUAGUAUUUGUGUCAUUCUCAAAACUUUUGACCACGACUGUAGAUACAGCCCCUCCUGUCUGUUGAUGUGUAAUGAUAUUUCACUUGGUGGUGCUGUUGAGCAAGAAAUCAACCUACAUUGACUGGGGACAACUAUUCCUUCUCAUGCACACUCUCUCUCCACACCAUCAGGCACGAGAAGCCCACAGACCCAGACGAUCCCCUGGCAGACCAGAACAUUAAGGACCGUUACUAUGGUAUCAAUGACCCUGUGGCUGACAAGCUGCUGAAACGGGCCUCCACCAUGCCCAGACUGGACACGCCUGAGGACAAGACCAUCACCACACUCUAUGUAGGGGGGAUGGGAGAUACCAUCUCCGAUGCAGAGCUGAGGUAGGGGUCUGAUAUAGUGUCAGUUGAAUUGAAUUGUUGUUGUUUUUUGCUUCUCCAAAAUAUCAUACCAGGAUAGCGAAUUAUUUUUGUCAGUUUGAACUAUCUGUGACACAUAAUUGGGAAUUCGUACCCUAAAUCGUUGUCUGUCUGUUUCUACAGGAAUCACUUCUAUCAGUUUGGGGAGAUCCGGACCACCACCAUCGUCCAGAGGCAGCAGUGUGCCUUCAUCCAGUUUGCCACACGGCAGGCGGCUGAGCUUGCUGCAGAGAAGUCCUUCAACAAGCUCAUCAUCAACGGACGCAGGCUCACCGUCAAGUGGGGCAGGUAAGAGGUCAAAGCUAACCAGUUAUGAGGAAAGGAGGAGAAUGUAUUGUAAGUCCUUCCUUUCUAGUCAGAUGGUGACAACCUUGUAGAAAUGUCAGGGCAAAAAUAUUUGGUAGACUUUAUAUUUGGGCUCCAUGUAACAGUGCACCCUAUUCACUGUGUACCUUAAUGUGUUGUGACUGUCCAGGUCCCAGGCAGCCAGAGGGAAGGAGGCCAUCAAGGAUGGGGUCAGUGAGAUGGGAACCAGAUUAGACCCUGUACCAGGACUGCCUGGAGGUGAGUCUGUCUGAUGGAGGCUUUGAAAGACUGUGUUUGUGAGCCUGACUGUCUUCUUUCUCCACCAGCUCUCCCCCCACCCCCUGCUCUGGAAGAGGACGCUCCUAUUAACUACUUCAAUCUGGACCCUGGUACAUCUCCUAAUGUCAUGAACAUCUCCCUGCCCCCGCCGCCUGGCAUCAACCCACCACCUCCAGGUACCAGUCUUACCUUUGUCCCAUGGAAAAAUGCUGGCCAUACUUAUAGUAUGUCGCUGAGCUAACGCUCACACGUGUGUGCCUCAUUCAUUUAUGUUGUGUGUUUUUCUUACCUUCAGGUUUUGGAGCUCCUAUGUUCCACAUGGGUUCGAUGGGUCCCCCUCCUCCCAUGGGCAUGAGACCCCCAGGACACAUCCACUACCCGUCCCAGGACCCCCAGCGCAUGGGUGCCCACGCUGCC